AUGGUGCCACGGCCGUACUUUACGCAAGACAAGAAAGUGCUUCCUUUUGACAAAGUUAUUGAGCUAGAACGCAUCGACGACUCGACAUUCCGCUCAAUUAUCAAAGCUUACGCGCCGACAGGCGAGAAAAGCGGCGCGUACGGCGGUCAUGUGUUCGCGCAAGCAGCAUGGGCGGCUGCACAAACUGUGCAAGAGGGAUACCUGAUACACGAUAUUACAGGUUGGUUCGUUUUAGCUGGACAGUCCAACGAGCACUAUACGUACAGAGUGCAGAAGAUACGAGAUGGUUACAACUACUGCAUUCGCACCGUAACUGUGAGACAGGUUGAAGCCAAGGGAGAAAUGUUCACGUGCACAUGUUCAUUCAAGCGAGAAGAGAACUCAUCCGUCGACGUGCAAGAGCAAGUCAAUCUCAAAGAAACAUUCCAGGAUGCGUUAAAGGGAAAAGAAGACGAGCCAAUGGAGCACCCCUCAAUUCCCAGCGUUGACUCUGCAGAGUUUCGCGAAGUAUACCUUCCAGCACAUCCAGAACACUUUAAUCCCUUUGGAGGCCUCCACAUGCGAAAAGUCGACAUGUCAGACUACAACGCCACCCGCACGCCCCUUGAACGGAAACAGCUGCAAUUCUACACGCUGCGUGGGUCCCUACCACUACCAACAGCGCCUUAUCCGCCUUUGCCCAAUCCUGGACAAGCCGCAGCUUUGACGAGGGAAGCAAACAUGCAUGCAUGCGCUCACCUGUAUGCCUCUGACUGCCAUUCCCUCUUCAUCGUACCAAACCACCUAGACCGACCCUGGGACUUCACACGCAUGGGCUCUCUGUGCCAUAGUGUUGUCUUUCACGUGGGCAUCAAGGAUCUCAUUAUGCAGCCUGAGCCACGCAUCGAUCACCCGAAUGCCGAUCCAACGUUGUGGGAAGAUGGCUCAUUGCCGCUAUGCAAUAUCGAUGGCUAUGGGCAGGGCGACAAGGAUGGUCGGAAGUGGUUUGUGCAAGAGUCGUGGCUCACGCGUGCUGCGGGUGGAAGAGCACUGCAUAGGGGUCGCUUGUGGGACUAUCAUAGCGGGGUGCAUAUUGCGACGACUUUCCAAGAUGGCUUGGUCCGAUUCAAAGAUAAUGCGAAGCUAUAG